AUGGAAGAAGAAAACUCAGUUAAGCCGGCGAAAAAAAAAAGCAAAGGCGAACGCAAAGAUAGUCGAAGCCGAAAGGAAUCAGACGCUCAGGAGGAAAUAAAAAAAUUCAAAGAGAAUUUACUGCAGUCUGUUGCAGAUGGGGGUUCCAGUAUUGUACUUGGAGAGAACUCUUUUGAACUCUCAGUACCUUACCAAAGACCUCGUUCUGGGUCGAAGGCUCGCGAUGCUCUGGAAGUAUCCCCCAAUAUGUUAGCAGAACUGGACGAAAAUAAAAUCUUCGAAUUGAAAGAGGCGUUUCUACUGUUUGAUUUGGAUGGUGACGGCUGCAUAGACCACAACGAUCUGCGAGGAACAUUUAUCAGCCUUGGCGAAAACGUAGACGAACGCGCCGUCAGCCACAUGCUAUCAGAAGCAUCAAAUCCGUUAGAUUUCGACGCGUUUGUCAAUUUACUAGGAUACAGAUCAAUCGAACUGGAUUCCGAGGAAAUUCUAGUCGCCGCAUUGUCGCGCUGGGACCCUGAAAAUACUGGAUAUAUCCCCGAGGAAAGAAUUCGAAACGACCUCAUGUCCAGAGGCGAUCGCUUCACGGAAAAGGAAGCGAACUACGCUUUAGAAGAAGCACCGAUGAUCCAAGACAAGAAUGGAUAUAACUUCAUAGAUUAUAAACAAUUUUGUAGGAAGCUGUGUGGUCUGAAAAAGACCAAUAAACAGGUUUUGCAAGUACAAGACUAA